CGGCACCCAUCACCUGUUCGUUCUCCCACUGAGCGCAGCCGCUGGCGCCCUUCCGUCUGCGUCACCAUCCUUUUACCAAGCAUCAUCACCAGCCCGGCCCCUCCAAGCAGACGCUCGUGUCCUGUCAGCUCUCUCCGCUUCUCCGUUACGUGGGCUCGUGACGAAAGUGCGAGCCCGAGCCUCGGCCUGCGAGGUCCGCGCCUGCGCGCUGCUCCGGGAGACGGCGUCCGCUCGCCCCGCCUCCCCGUCUGCGGUUCCGGCGCUGCAGAUUCGCCGCUCACGGCUCUGUUUUUUUGCCGUGGCUCUUUGUGAUCUUUUGUUCCCCCUUUCACGCCGCCCGUGAGACAGUGCUACCUGCAGGUAGCUUGGUUCUGUUUUCGGGCUUUCUCAGGACGCGGACGCUCCCCCGCCCCCGGCUACUCUAGCGAAAGUGCGACUGCGAACGCGCCGGCGCGCUCGGGCUCGGCGGAGGCGCGCUCGGGCUCCCGGCGACGACGACUACGACGACGACGAGGCGAGCGGACGGAGGCGGCGCCUGAGGCAGCGGUGGAGCCCAUGCCCCGGGACGGCGGGAGGGCCCGGAGAGACGAGUCCGGGGCCCGGGGCAUGUCCCCGGGGCCCCCGUGAGCAAGCGGCGGCCGCGGCGGCGAUGGAGAUCCCGCCGCAGGAGGCGCCGCCCGGGCCGGGCGCGGACGGCGACGCCGAGGAGGCCGCUGGCGAGGCUGGGUCCCCCGGGCCCGCCUCGCCCCCCGCCGACGGGCGCCUCAAGGCUGCGGCCAAGCGCGUCACCUUCCCGUCGGACGAGGAUAUCGUGUCCGGCGCGGUGGAGCCCAAAGACCCCUGGAGACAUGCCCAGAACGUGACCGUGGACGAGGUGAUCCGUGCCUACAAGCAAGCCUGUCAGAAGCUGAGCUGCAGGCAGAUCCCCAAGCUCCUGCGGCAGCUGCAGGAGUUCACGGACCUCGGGCACCGCAUCGACUGUCUGGACCUGAAAGGUGAGAAGCUGGACUACAAGACCUGUGAGGCCCUGGAGGAGGUCUUCAAGCGGCUGCAGUUCAAGGUCGUGGACCUGGAGCAGACGAACCUGGAUGAGGAUGGUGCCUCCGCCCUCUUCGACAUGAUCGAGUACUACGAGUCGGCCACACACCUCAACAUCUCCUUCAAUAAGCACAUCGGCACGCGGGGCUGGCAGGCCGCCGCCCACAUGAUGCGCAAGACCAGCUGCCUGCAGUACCUGGACGCGCGCAACACGCCCUUGCUGGACCACUCGGCGCCCUUUGUGGCGCGCGCCCUGCGCAUCCGCAGCAGCCUGGCGGUGCUGCACCUGGAGAAUGCCAGCCUGUCGGGGAGGCCCCUCAUGCUGCUCGCCACGGCCCUGAAGAUGAACGUGAGCCUGCGGGAGCUGCACCUGGCCGACAACAAGCUCAAUGGUUUGCAGGACUCGGCCCAGCUGGGCACCCUGCUCAAGUUCAACUGCUCCCUGCAGAUCCUGGACCUGCGCAACAACCACGUGCUGGACUCAGGUCUCGCCUACAUCUGCGAGGGCCUCAAGGAGCAGAGGAAGGGGCUGGUGACCCUGGUGCUGUGGAACAACCAGCUCACGCACACGGGCAUGGCCUUCCUGGGCAUGACGCUGCCACACACGCAGAGCCUGGAGACCCUGAACCUGGGCCACAACCCCAUCGGGAACGAGGGCGUGCGGAACCUCAAGAACGGGCUCAUCAGCAACCGCAGCGUGCUGCGCCUCGGCCUGGCCUCCACCAAGCUCACGUGCGAGGGCGCGGUGGCGGUGGCGGAGUUCAUCGCCGAGAGCCCCCGCCUCCUGAGACUGGACCUCCGGGAGAACGAGAUCAAGACGGGCGGGCUCAUGGCGCUGUCCUUGGCCCUCAAGGUGAACCACUCCCUGCUGCGCCUGGACCUGGACCGUGAGCCCAAGAAGGAGGCGGUCAAGAGCUUCAUCGAGACCCAGAAGGCGCUGCUGGCCGAGAUCCAGAACGGCUGCAAGCGCAACUUCGUGCUGGCGCGGGAGCGCGAGGAGAAGGAGCAGCGGCCGCAGCUGUCGGCCUCCAUGCCCGAGAUCACCGUCACCGAGCCGCCGCCGCCCGCCGCGGCGCAGAACGGGGCCCCGGGCCCCGGGCCCGGCCCGGACUCGGACUCGGAUUCAGACUCUGAGGGGGAAGACGAGGAGGAAGACGGGGAGAGGGACGAGGCCGGCGGAGACCAGAGUCCCUCGACCCCCUGCCCUGCCCUGGUGCCCCCCACAGACUCCCUGGGCCCUGGGGACAGGAGCCCCCCAGGGAGCCCCUCCUCCCCCUCUGAGCAGCGCAUCUCCGUGUCCAGCCCGGGCCGGGGCCACAAGGUGUUCGUGGUGACCCGGGUGGAGAGUCCUCCCGAGAGGGCCGAGCCCCCUGUGCCGCCCGCCCACCUCUCCCCACCCUCCUCCCCACCCUCCUCCCCCUCCUCCCCUGUGCUGCCGCCAGCUGAGGGCGACGGCCGCCAGGACCCAGGAUCACCUGAGCCGCAGCCGCAGCCGGAGACGCCUCAGCCAGGGCCGCCGCUGCCCAACGGCCUGAAGCCCGAGUUUGCCCUCGCACUGCCCCCAGAGCCGCCCCCGGGGCCCGAGGCCAAGGCGGGCAGCCGCAGCCUGGACCACGAGCUGAGCUGCCCCGAGAGCGAGAAGGAGCUGGAACAGCUGCUUCUGGAGGCCAGUCAGGAGCCGGGGCAGGAGACACUGUGACACUUUAGUUCCUUUCUUCCGCUCGGUCUGGGAGGAGCUGAGGCCAGAGCCGUGAGAAUCUGCUCACCGUCCUCGCCGCGUUCCGGGGCCCAGGACGCCAGGGGCGGGAGCCCACGACACUACCGGCGCAGGAGCCACGGGAGGCCCCGCCCUGACUUCACUUGUAUUUAUGUGCCCCUCACUCUGAGACUGGACACGGCUGGGGGUGGCCGGGAGGAGGAGGACGGGAGGCGGCGCCUGCGAGGCCGUCGGGCCGCCGGGCCGGGCCCUGUGGCGGAGGGGCCUGCCCGUGGUGGUGGGUGGUCCCCGUGAGCGGGCGCAGCACCAGGCAGGAGGCGUGGCGUGGGGGCACUGAGGUUCCUACAUCAGCCCCAGGCGGGGCGGGGGGCGGGGGGCUGGGAGUGGAGGACCAGAGCUUUCUUUCUUAAGUGCAAUAAAUCUAUCAGGGAGCGGGGGCGGAGCAGCGCGCACCCGGGACCCUGCUGCCCGGGCGUGAGGGUGCCCCGGAAGCACUACAGGCGGCGGGUGGGCGGGGCUGGGGGGGCUGCCCUGGCCGCGCAGCUCUGUCCACACCUUUUCUAAUAAACUGGGGCUGGGCUCACCUCGCCUGCUGUGCUGCCGCCGCCCCGGGCGCCCCGUGCGCCCCGUGGUCCCCAGAGGCCGGGUGGGCCGGAGCCGCUUCUCUUCCCCGGCUCUCGGGGUGCCGGCUGUGCCCUCAGCCCCGGGUGUCCUGUGCCUCGGUGCUGGCAGACGCCGCCUCGUCCCCACCAGCCCCCGACGUUCGGAUGGGAACGGGCGCGGGGCCCGCACGGCUCCCGCUCCCUGCUGCCCAGUGUGGCUGGCGCGCAGCGGGAGCGCUGAGAAGUGCCGGGAAGGCUGUAGCAAUGCCAGCCCCAGUACAGCCGGCUCCCCACAGACCUGGGGCCACAGUGGAGACUCCGUCUGGGUGCAGGGCUCACGCCACGGCCACCCCGCUGCCCUGUGGCACCCGUCCCCAGCCCUGAGCGUCCUCUGAUGCCGGCUGUAGCUGGCUGGGAGGUGGUGUGAACAUCCCGUCUGCGCCCAGCCCCCAGGAUCCCGGCAGGCCCUGGGCCAGCUGUAGCUGCGGCCUGUGGCGGAGCCCCUGGGGUGCACCCACGCCCUUGGCCCUCUGCCUACACCCCUGCACCGGGGGUGCAGGGCUCGGCCUGUUCACCUUUGUGUGUGCCUCUGGGGGCUGGAUCACAUUCCCCCCACACAGGGGACCAGGGUCUUCAGGGAGACGACCAGGCUAAAAUGGCAGCCUUGUGGGCUGCGGGCUAGAGUGAUGGGUGUCCUCUAAAGUGGGGUGGAGGCAGCCCGGCAGAGCCCCGUGGGAAGACGGGAUGCAGUGGGCGUGGAGGGCCCUGGACUGCCACCCACACCCUGGGAGCUGGGGGGGGGGGCGAGGAAGGGCGGCCUGCGGAGUGGGCCACGGUGGGCUCUCCCUCGGAGCCCCCCAGGCUUUGGCAGUCCCAGGUGUUGGGGUCCGGGUGCUGAGGGGACCUUUCACCCUCAGCCACUAGGGUGUCACCAGGUUUGGGCCCCGCAGCCCUGGCUGAACACAGGACUCCACGUGACUGCUUGGCUGUGUGCCGGCACAAGGAACAGGUGCCGCGGGACCCUUCCAGGCUCUCGUGGCUCUGUCACUCCCUAGAGCCAGCCGACAGAUGGGGGAGGGGAGAAAGCAAACAGCCCAUCUCGGGCGGAGACGGGAGCCGUCGCGCGCCCUCCGUUAGCCGCUCGGCCUCCCUCACGCGAGCUCCCAGCAGCUGCUGCUGUAGAAGGGACUCAGGGCCCUGGUGGGUGGGAGCCCGGCCACACCCAGCGGCCCAGUCGUGUGUGUGCAGCCCGCUCCAGAGCUGUGGCCUGGGCAGGCACGAGGCUCGAGUCUGCCCCCUGCUGGGCCUGGGGGUGCCCGGUCCUGCUCAGCCCCAGCCAAUCCACAGGUCAGUCGCUUCCAGCCUGGACUCAAGGUGGUAAGGAGUUCAGCUCGGGCUGGCGCUGUGGCGUAGUGGUUAAGCAUCAGCCUACAGCACCAGCAGCCCAUGUGGGCCCCAGUUCGAGUCCCAGCUGCUCCUCUUCCGAUCCAGCUCUCUGCUGUGGCCUGGGAAGGCAGUAGAAGAUGGCCCAAGUCCUUGGGCCCCUGCACCCACGUGGGAGACCAGGAAGAAGCUCCUGGCUUCGGAUCGGCGCAGCUCCGGCCGUUGCGGCCAUCUGGGGAGUGAAUCAGUGGAUGGAAGACCUCUCCCUUUUUAACUCGGCUGCUCACAUAAAUAAAUCAAUCUUUUAAAAA